GUUUGACCGACUUAUCCUUUUGGUCAUUGUCAUUUUUCGCGCUCAGUUACCUCGCAUUCACACCGAAGUGGAGUGAAACAUGUCCAGGAGACGGCACAGCGACGAGAAUGACGGAGGUCAGGCCCAUAAAAGGAGGAGAACGUCAGAGCCCAUUGAGAUCGAAGACCGUCUGGAGUCACUGAUAUGUCGCGUGGGGGAGAAGAGUACAUCGUCCCUGGAGAGCAACCUGGAGGGCCUCGCAGGUGUCUUAGAGGCAGACCUUCCAAACUACAAAAACAAAAUCCUGCGCAUUUUAUGUGCUGUCGCUCGCCUCCUACCUGAGAAGCUGACUGUGUAUACAACUUUAGUUGGCCUCCUCAACGCCAGAAACUACAACUUUGGGGGCGAGUUUGUUGAGGCCAUGAUCAGACAACUCAAGGAGACAUUGAAAAACAACUUGUACAAUGAAGCUGUUUACUUGGUGCGGUUUCUGUCUGACUUGGUCAACUGCCAUGUGAUUGCUGCUCCCUCAAUGGUGGCCAUGUUUGAAAAUUUUGUCAGUGUUACUCAAGAGGAAGACGUACCACAGGUUCGGUCAGACUGGUUUGUGUAUGUUGUUCUGUCCUGUCUGCCCUGGGUCGGUAAGGAGCUUUACGAGAAGAAGGAUGUUGAGAUGGACCGACUCCUCAGCCAGAUCGAAGGCUACCUCAAGAGAAGAGUAAAGACCCAUGUCCCAAUGCUGCAGGUGUGGACAGCAGAGAAGCCUCAUCCACAGGAGGAGUACCUGGACUGCCUUUGGGCUCAGAUUCAGAAGCUAAAGAAAGACCGAUGGCAGGAGCGUCACAUCCUACGCCCAUACAUCGCCUUUGACAGCGUGCUGUGCGAGGCUCUGCAACACAACCUGCCACCCUUCACCCCACCGGGCCACAUGCCCGAUGCCCAGUACCCAAUGCCCCGGGUCGUCUUCCGCAUGUUCGACUACACCGACGCCCCCGAGGGUCCUGUUAUGCCCGGCAGCCACUCCGUGGAGAGAUUUGUCAUUGAAGAAAACCUGCACUGUAUCAUCAAGACUCACUGGAAAGAGAGGAAGACAUGUGCUGCCCAGUUACUCAGCUAUCCGGGGAAAAAUAAGAUUCCGCUCAACUAUCACAUCGUGGAGGUGAUCUUUGGAGAACUUUUCCAGCUGCCCUCUCCGCCUCACAUGGACGUCAUGUACACCACUCUGCUCAUUGAACUCUGCAAACUGCAGCCAGGAUCACUGCCGCAAGUUUUGGCCCAAGCCACAGAGAUGCUGUACAUGAGACUGGACACCAUGAACACUACCUGCAUAGACAGACUAAUCAACUGGUUUUCUCAUCAUUUGAGCAACUUCCAGUUUCGAUGGAGCUGGGACGACUGGGCUGACUGCUUGACUGUGGAUCUAGAGAAGCCCAAGCCCAAGUUUGUCAAAGAAGUUCUGGAGAAGUGUAUGAGGCUUUCGUACCAUCAGCGGAUAGUGGACAUCGUCCCUCCUACCUUCUCAGCCCUCAUCCCCGCAGAGCCCAUCUAUAUUUUCAAAUACCCCGACGAGAGUGCUUCUUCGUUACCAGGUUACGCAGUAUCCAUCACUGUUGGGAACGCCAUCAAGAACCGAGCGUCCAACGAGGAGAUCUUGACCAUCCUCAAAGAAGUCCCCAACCCCAACCAGGAAGAUGACGAUGAUGAAGGGGAGAGCUUCAACCCUCUGAAGAUUGACGUGUUCCUGCAGACUCUUCUCCAUCUGGCAGCCAAAUCCUUCAGCCACUCCUUCAGCGCCCUCGCCAAGUUUCACGAAAUCUUGAAGACCCUGACCGACAGCGACGAGGGGAAGCUGCACAUGCUCAAAGUUGUUUAUGAAGUGUGGAGGAACCACCCACAGAUGAUCGCAGUGUUGGUGGACAAAAUGAUUCGCACCCAGAUCGUUGACUGUGCUGCUGUGGCCAACUGGCUCUUCUCUCAGGACAUGGCUCAUGAGUUCACCAGACUUUUCACCUGGGAGAUUUUGCACUCAACCAUCCGGAAGAUGAACAAACACGUCCAGAAGAUCCAGAAGGAGCUGGAGGAGGCCAAGGACAAGCUGGAGAAACAGCAGCAUAAGAGGAGGGACAGCGGUGACGACGAGGACAUGGACAAGAACAGCGAGGAUGAGGAGGGUCAGCUGGAGGAGCAGAUCGAGAGGCUACAGGAGAAGGUGGAGUCGGCUCAGAGCGAACAGAAGAACCUCUUCCUCGUCAUCUUCCAGCGUUUCAUCAUGCUGUUGACGGAGCACCUGGUUCGCUGUGAGACCGGCAGCGUCGACAUCAGCACGCCCUGGUACAAAAACUGUAUCGAGCGACUGCAGCAGAUCUUCCUCAUGCACCACGUGACCAUCCAGCAGUACAUGGGAACCCUGGAGAACCUGCUGUUCACCGCCGAGCUGGACCACCACAUCCUGGCCGUCUACCAGCAGUUCUGCGCUCUGCAGCUCUGAGACACACGCUGACCCAAACACAAAGUGGAUGAAAUGUGUAUCUGUAUUCACACAGUACCUGUGCUAAACCUGCACAUUAGAAACUACCAGCUCUUGCAUCAAGAAUCUCUUCAUUACAGUUUUUUUUAUUUACUUGUCUUUGUGUUUGGUGUCAUGCGACAUGUCAGUUACGUGCAAGAGUCUGUUUGACAAAUCCUGUCAUUAAUCCUCUGUAGUGAUCUUUUUUUGUUUUUGUUUUUUUAAUUGCCAUUUUCUUCUUUUUUGGUUUGGUUUUCCGGUUUUGUUCAUUUUUACAUCCUGCUCGUAUUCUUAUGAAUGGGUCUUUUUAAAACUGUAUGAACUGUCUGAGCCCAGACGGAGCUGGAGAGGAGAUUUCAGGUUGGCUCUGAUUGAUUCUGGAUCUAGAGAGCGCUCUACUUUUUUAUAUUUGUUCUCUGUGCAAUUGGGAAAUAAUUAAAACUCUCCAGAGUC